GCGAAAAAGUUGUAGUCUUUAUAAAUAAAAGCAAAAAAGAAAAAUAGGAAAAAAUCGAAAUUCAAAAAAUAAAAAAUAAAAAUCAUACGAUCAAAGAUCGUCUUCCUCGUCUAGAUUUCUCCGAUUAUUAUACAUAACCUCUUCGAUAAAGGAACCUCUAGGUUCGAUUUUGUUGGACAAGAUCGGCCAAAUAAAAUUUCAGGCUCCUCCUUUUGUUUCAGAUUACUCAUAGUAAGGUAGCAUCCUUGCUGGGGAUUGGAGAAUAUGGAAUCUCAUGAUGAGACAGGGUGCAAAGCCCCUGAAGGCCCCAUCCUUUGCAUCAACAACUGUGGCUUCUUCGGGAGUGCGGCUACCAUGAAUAUGUGCUCCAAAUGUCACAAGGAGAUGAUCCUGAAGCAGGAACAGGCGCAACUCGCAGCAGCAUCCAUUGGAAGCAUUGUGAACGGCUGCUCAACCGGGAAUGGUAAGGAACCAGCUGUGGCUGCUGCUUUAGAUGUUCAAUCCGGAAAUGCUGACUCAAAGAUAGUCUCGGCGGAACUAAUUGUUGAUCCAUCCGGAAUGACUUCAAGUGGGAUGAAGCCGAAAGAGGGUCCUAAUAGGUGUACCAAAUGCUGCAAACGUGUUGGUUUGACAGGAUUUAACUGCAAGUGUGGGAACCUCUUCUGUGCUGCUCACCGCUACUCUGACAAACAUGAAUGCCCUUUCGAUUACAGAGCUGCUGGUCGUGAUGCUAUUGCAAAAGCCAACCCUGUGGUCCGAGCGGAGAAGCUCGAUAAGAUCUGAGAGAUCCGGAUCAAGAUAAGUGUGAAGGUUUUAAGUAGGUCGGUUGUUUGUCUCGUCAGUUGUCCCCUUGUUCGAUAUUACAUGUUGGGGUCCAUCAUACGAUGGGACACGAUUGAAGUGUAAGUUUGGAUUUCCCCAGUUUGUGUAAGUCUUUAUUUGUGCUGGUUGGAUGGACAUCGAUACGAUCACAUUGUAAUGCUUCUUUGUGGUAUGCAUUUCUUUCUAAUUUAAGAUGCCUACGAGUUCGAAAGCUAUGUUCAUAAUUUGGGCUUCUGUUAUUCGGGUUCGGAGGUAA